AUGCUGGACCCGAGUAAACCUUCAAAAGCCCGACUGCUGCACCCUCCUCCUCCUCGUCGUCCUCCUCCGCUCUGGCACUCAUCGCUGCUUGUUUCGCGUGUGAGGCUGUCGAGAUCGAGGUCCCCCCCCGUACUCGGUGGCAGCAGCAGCCGCAACAGCAGCCGUAGCAGUAUUAGUACUUGUAGCAGUGCCAGCACGGCAACGGACCCUGUAACGUCAACGCCGACGACAACCGCGACAGCUGCAACGACACCAAAGGCAAAGAAGACGAACCUCCGUCCUCGGCCGACAGCGACGUCUGUAUUCACACCUCCAACAGACACAAAUACAGGCACAAAUACAAGCACAGGCACAAGCAGAGGCACAGGCAAAGACACCCCCAACCAAGCUCCAAACCCCGACGCCGGCAACCAGCACCCCCCCACCGCAACCCCCACCCGUAAAAUGAACAGCGUCGUUCUCAGCCGGCCGCUGGGCGUAUAUUACGCCCGCGGCUACUCGAGCCUCUCGAGCUUCUCCUCCUUCUUCCGCUUCAAGCCGCGCAUCCCCAGCAACAGCAGCACCACCGGCAGCACCACCGGCAGCACCACCGGCAGCACCACCGGCAGCACCAGCAGCAUUGGCAGCACCAUCACCGCCAACAACAGUAGUACCAACAGCCACCUCGCCAAGCAGCAACUACACGGCCAGCCCGCGGUCGGGUUCCGUGCGAACACUCAUUGCCGCUUCAAGAGCGUGUCUCCCGGCGUAAGCUCGGCCUCGACGUCCACAACGGCUGUUGGCGCCGACGAGAAGGAGGGCGACGAGAUGGCAGUGAGGAAGGUGCCGGCGAGGGGCUCGGUCAAGAUUGUGGAGGUGGGCGCGAGGGAUGGGUUGCAGAAUGAGCAGGGGAUCGUGUCGACGGAGACGAAGAUUGAGCUCAUUGAGAGGCUGAGUGGUGCCGGGUUGAGGCAUAUUGAGGCGGGGUCGUUUGUGAGCCCAAAAUGGGUCCCCCAAAUGGCCGACACCCCCCAAAUCCACACCCACCUGAACCGCCACCCGCCCACCGCGCCCGUCCCCGUAACCUACAGCUACCUCACGCCCAACAUGACAGGGCUCACCUCGUACCUCUCCACCCCGGCCCCCAUCCCCACCACCACCAACCAACAACAACACACCUCCGAGAUUGCAAUCUUCGCCUCCGCCUCCGAGGGCUUCUCAAAGCAGAACAUCAACUGCACAAUCGCCGAGUCGCUCGGGCGCUUCCGCCCCGUCGUCGAGCGCGCGCGCGAACAGGGCAUCCCCGUCCGCGGAUACGUCAGCAUGAUCAUCGAGUGCCCCUACGACGGGCCGACGCCGCCGGCAAAGGUGGCGGAUGUGGUCGAGGCCCUGCUAAAGAUGGGGUGCUAUGAGGUGUCGUUGGGGGAUACGAAUGGUGUUGGCACUCCCGGAACGAUCGGGACGCUGGUGAACUAUCUGAUCAAGGACCGCAAGCUGCCGGCCGAGAAGCUGGCGGCGCAUUUCCACGAUACGUAUGGGCAGGCGAUUGUGAACUGCCUGGUUGCGCUCGAGGCGGGGAUCAGGACGUUUGAUAGCAGUGUUGCGGGGCUGGGCGGGUGUCCGUAUUCGAAGGGCGCCACGGGGAAUGUGGCGACGGAGGAUUUGGUGUAUUUUCUCGAGGGCACAGGCGUGAGCACGAAUGUGGAUCUGCAGAAGAUUGUCGAGAUUGGCGAUUGGAUCUCGGGCGUGCUGGGGCGGAGGAACGAUAGCAAGGUCGGCACGGCGCUGAUGGCGAGGCGGGGGGCGGCGAAACUCUAG